AUGGAUAAUUUUGAACAAUUAUUAAAAAAUUAUACUAAAGGUGAAUAUGUAACCAAAAAGAAUGACAGAGGAAUAACAUUUUAUUAUUCUAAAAAUAAUCCAGAGUUUUUUAUUAAAGAAUUAACUAACGAAUUAGAGUCAAAUAGAGAAAAUAUUAUACAACUAUUAGAUCAUCCUAACAUUGUUAAAUUCGAAGAUAACAAAGAAAUAUUUUCUUCAGAUAGCAAACCAUUGUUCUAUAUUGUAACCAAAUUUGUUCAAGACUCAUGUACAAUUAAAGAAAAAUUGGAAAAAACAUCAAAAUUUAAAAGAAAAGCUAUUAUCAAAAUCAUUAAUCAAUUCAUCGAUAUCUUAGAAUAUUUAAAAGAGAGUGAUGUCUUACACUGUGAUAUUUGUAGUGAUAAUGUAAUGAUUGACAGUGAUAAUAACAUAACAUUAAUUGAUUUUGGGGUUUCGAUGGAAUAUUUUAAACCAAAUGAAAAAAAAACAACUCGUUCAAUCAUUCUUAGUAGAAAAGGGGUAGAGAAAGAAUUAAAUGCAUAUAUUGACAUCAAAGAUUUAGGUCUUUUGUUAUUAGAAUUCAAAGAUAAAAUACCAAACAAUAUAUCAGCUGAAAAAUUUAAUGAUUUUAUUAAAUGUUGCAAAAAUGGAACAAAUCUAAAUAAUUUAAGAAACCAUAAUUUAUUUCAUGAUAUUUCAAAUGAAUAUUCAUUUUCAGUAAAUACAACAGAAUCACCGCAGAUUUCUGGUCAAUCCUCUACUACUGUAUCUACUCCAGUCUCUGCCUUGGUCUCUAUUCCAGUCUCUGAUCCAGUCUCUGUUCCAGUAUCUACGGAAACACCCCCUCAGCAAACAAACCCAACUACUCAAUUACCACCACACUGUAUUGAAAUUUCACCAAAUUUUUAUCACAAUAAUAAUGUUAGUGGUGAAUACAGUCAUUUUACUGGAACAGAUGGUUUCAUAGAUCUAAUUGGUCAAAGCAUAAACUUAGAUAGGAAUGGUGUUGCUUCGAUUAUUGGUGGAUCAAUGGAACAACAAUGUCCAUGUUGUGGUCAUAAAAACUUAAGAUCUAUUACUGAAGGUCUUUUUAAAAGAGCACUUGCUUGUGAAUGUAAAAACAGAACCAAUGGAUUUUGUUUAUGUGAAAGAAGAUCUUAUAGAGAUUCUUUUUUCAAUAAUGAUUAUAGUCAAUGUAAUAAACAUCAUGGAAUAUAUACUCAACAAACAGCAAAUGGUACUUCAACCUAUUUAAAAUAUAGACAACACUGGACCGUUACAAAUGAAAAACAAGAAACCACUAUAUUACAAAAAGAGCCAAGAAUAGUUUUGAAAAAAUAA